AUGGAUGGUAGACUGUGUGUUACAGGAGGUACCGGUAGUGGUACGGGUGCUGAACUGGAGUGUGACGAGAGCGCUUCAUCACCACUGAACAAUAUAAGUACCAACGAACAUCUCUCCUCACUGAUCGCACAUGUGGCCAGCAGUGCCCGAACUCAGUGCCCAGAAUGUGGAAAACAUUUUCGGAAAGGUUCCUCACUGCAAGUGCAUUUAACGUUGAAUCAUGGUUUCCCGCCUCCGGGUAGUUCGAUUUCGUCCGAUGAUCAAGCUGAAAAAACUUCCGACUAUGGUGCCUCAGCCCAACAACCGAGUUGUUCAGUCGAGGACCCAUCAGCUGCUCCGGUUCACCAGGAGAUCAAGGAAAUUAAAUCGAUGAUCGGCGAACUAAGAUCUGCCCAAAGCACGGCACGUGUCGAACAAGUAUUCUUUGAUUAUUUACAAAUCAUAAUAAAAUUCCUAAAUUGUAUUGAUCAUUAG